CCCCAAUCCCCACAACUCACUCCCACUCCUCACUCCAGAGCGUAAGCACCUCCUCUCUCCUCUCCGCUCGCUCUCGUCAGUCGCAGCAGCAAAUGGGCGGCCUCUCAGUGAUCGCGCCGCCGGCGGGCGACUCGGCAUCGCCCGCGCACCGCCGCGCGCGCCGCGCAUUCCUGGUCUCCAACUACAUGAUCCUGGGCGCGGCGUCGGGGUGCGGCUUCCUCACGCUCUCGCUGCGCCUGGUGCCCUCCGUCGACGGCUUCCUCCUCAUCCUGCUCCACGCGCUCACCGUCGCCGCCGCCGUCGCCGGCUGCGCCGUCAUCGCGGCGCCCGACCCGCCGCGGGGGCGCGUCUACACCGCGCACAUGUCCGGCACCGUCGUGGUGUCCAUCCUCCAGGGCGCCGCCGCCGUGCUCGCCUUCUCCCGCACCGCCGAGUUCCUCGCCGACGGGCUCCGCUCCUACGUCCGCGAGGAGGACGGCGCCGUCAUCCUCCGCAUGGUCGGCGGGCUCGGCAUCGCCAUCUUCUGCCUCGAGUGGGUCGCCCUCGCGCUCGCGUUUGUGCUCCGGUACUACGCGUAUGUUGAUAGGGAGUGCGGCGGCAACCCCAUGCGCCGCAGCGCCAAGGUCGGCGGCGAGGACGGCGCCGGCACCUGGCCCUGGCAGUUCCAGGUCUGAUCUCGUCUGAUCAUCGGCUUCAAGGACCGAGCGAUGCCGCGGCAAGCAAGCUAUCGUGUUGGGGAGGGUGGUUAUCUAUUCUGAAGGCGAGAAGAACCCAUAGUUCUUGGGAGAAGAACUAGUUUGUUAAUUUGGUGGUGUUAAUUAUUCGUUCAUUGGGUUGUACUGUGUGGUGGUAUGUGAUUAUGUUGUAACGCAACCGUUUGCGCCUCU